UCAGCAAGUUAAAAUAGCGAAUUUUAAAGUAUUAUACAUAUUAGACUCCUCUUCUAUUAAAUAAAUCAGUUCAUGAAGUGAGGUUCAAUUGAACUUAAUUGUUCCCAGAAGAAUUCAAAUCGUUUCAAUUGCACACGCUGCGGUAAACACUAAACUAUUUGUCGCGUGUAUCAUGGCGUAAUUGUCAACUGCAAUUACGCAAUUGUGCUUAAUGAAGCAUCAUAGAAAUGUUAUUGCUGUCGAAGUAAAUAUUACUAAUAUACGUUGUUGAUUUUAUCAUAUUACUUAUCAUUAUUACUUAUCAUUAUGCCUCUAAUGAUCUUCAACGAUGUUAUCCAACUAUUAAUAGAGCGAUUGAAUCAGCAGUAGUAAUCCUUUGCGAAAUCAUACAAAUGCGCGAUUGAAGAUCAGGUUAGGUUAGUGUAACGAACAGACAUCGUUCGAUAGCUCAGCUGACUUCAACUGACAGAUACGGAAAACGUAAUGGGAUGCUAAGCAGUGACGAUUAUUUUGUUUUACUUUGCCAUGACAUUCAGAAUAUGAAUCAUCUAACACUUGAGUUCAUUAUAACAAAGAUUGUUUGUAAGUAUCAUCAUGAUGGCAAAAAAUAGAAGCGGGAGAUAAAUUGCAUAUUAUCCGAAUGUACUUGAAUAAAGACAAUUUACAGACAGCACAGCGGGUAAGGAUGCCAGUGGAAAUGUAACAAAUAUUGCGGAUAAACUCUUACGUUCUAUAAAUGAUAUAAAGAACAUCACAAUGUCAAUGCAAAAUCAAUGGAAGCUUUUGUCGCAAUUAAAAGAUUACCUGAAUAAGACUAGUCAUGAUAAGAAUCAACAUAUUCAUUUCUCCAAGGAUUGGUUGGAUACUCUGCAAAAAUUAACCUAUUCGCAACUUGAAACAAUACGAAAAUUAUCAUCAUCUGAAUCUAUUAAAACUCCUGAUGUAAGCAAGAACUCAGAUACGAAGGAUAAAAGUAAAAAUGAUACAGAAAAUCUAAAGGUAACAUUAAUAUCUGAACAAACAGAAUCACUCGUAAAUAAUUCUACAACUAUGCAACCAAAAAUACAACAGCAAACACAAGAACAAAGUAUACCCGAUAGUAAAAUAGAAUCAAGUGAGGGCUUUACCAUGCAACAAAUUCUUUCUGCAUUGUUUCUGAAGUUGUCUCCUAAAACUGUGCAAAGCACCAGUAUACCACAAUGGAAGGUGAAUAUUCGUAGUAAUAUUCCAAAGCACAGCAUCGCAUCUCGUACGCGUCAUGUUUUGAACAGUAUUGCAUCAGCUGAGUCAAGUGCUUCAAAGUGGCGGAGGAUCGAAGAUUUAUUAUUGCAUAUUGAGCAGUAUCCAGAGGCUAGACAUUAUGCGAUCAAAGAGGGAGCGAUUAAAGUUUUACUGCAGGCUCGUAAAAAAACAAAGGAUGAACAAAUUAAUGCAUCUAUUAGAGAAGCUUUGGCUGUAAUGGGUUACAUCGAUCCUUUACCCGGUCGUGGCAUCAGAAUUCUGUCGAUUGAUGGCGGAGGUAUUCGCGGAGUAUUGGUCGUAGAGAUGUUGAAGAAAUUGGAAGAACUUACAGGGAAGAAGACACAUGAGAUGUUUGAUUACAUAUGCGGUGUAAGCACAGGUGCCAUCCUUGCUGCUGUGUUAGUACUACCAAAGGAUGCUUUGGAAGGCGGCAAGAGAAAAUCAUUGGAUGAAGUUUCAGGAUUAUACAAGGAACUAAGUACCAGAGUAUUUACACAAAGUGCUAUAAAAGGUACGAGCAGUCUAGUAUGGAGUCACGCAUAUUACGACACAGCGCUGUGGGAACAAUUAUUAGCUGAGCAUCUAGGCGACAAAAUUCUUAUCAAAACCACGCGGGAUCCAAAUGCACCGAAGUUUUCAGCAAUAUCCGCUAUAGUGAAUCAUGAGCGCGUUAUGCCUUAUGUGUUUAGAAAUUACACAUUACCACAUAGAGUGGAGAGUCAGUAUAUGGGAUCUCAUAAGUAUAAACUAUGGGAAGCCGUGAGAGCAUCAGCUGCUGCACCAAGUUAUUUUGAGGAAUUCAAGUACGGUGAAUAUCUUCAUCAAGAUGGCGGCAUUCUGGUAAAUAAUCCAUGUGCUGUAGCAAUUCAUGAAGCUAGACAAUUGUGGCCAAACAAUCCAAUUCAAUGCGUCGUAUCAUUCGGAACCGGUCGAAUUCCACAUCACAUUUGUGACGAUAAAUCUUUGGAAGUGGAAAUUUCAAGUUGGAAAGAAAAAUUCUAUAAAAUUUUAGACAGCGCUACCGAUACAGAAGCUGUACAUACAAUGCUCAAUGAUCUGCUACCUGACCAUAUCUACUUUAGAUUCAAUCCAUACUUAACAGAAAUGUUAUCGAUGGUGGAGAUUCGACCUGAGAAAAUCAGCCUAAUGGAGCAAGAUGCAAGAAUGUAUAUACGUAGAAAUGAAGAGAAAUUUCAGAAAGCUUCUACGGCUUUACUUGAGAAGCGGCAGAUUCAGCAGAAAAUCGUAGAUUGGAUUACGUUGCAAAGACAAUUAUCUGGCUUAUAAAGAACGAUACUUUACAUAUCGACGCGUAUUCCACACCAAUCAAUCGAAUUUGCGUUUGCAAAUUGCAUGGAUAUUUAUAGUACAACUUUUUAAUUUUUUUCAUAUUAUGAUCACCAACUUGAGUCUUUAAAUUAUGUUUUAGAGUUAAUUAUGUAUAAUUAGGUACAUAGUAUUUCAGAAGAGAGAGAUAUUGUGUUUUACUUUUUUAUUCUAUAAUAAUUUAUUUAUAACUUAUUACAUGUUUUGUUUAUAAGAUAGUAAUUUCUAUAAAUGAGAAGAAAUGCUUUAAAUCUGUGUAGAAAUAACAAUAAUUAUUAGCAUAGCUAUAUUCGACUGUGAUACUCUUCGUGAUGCACGAAUACAUUUAAGAUCAAUUCAUACAACUUUAUAUUUCUUUAGUAUUAUAUCGUUUCUCAUAACAAAAAUAUAGAAUUGCAUAUUUAUAACAUGAUAAUGUCAUAAUAAUGUCAUAUUAUAUAGAAUAUCAAUUGAUUUAUUUAAAAGCAUAAUGAAGCUAAACAUUGAGUGUUUCAUAUGUGUUUUUCUUCACUAUAUGUAUGUAUAUGUAAUAGCAAAGUGUAAUAAAU